AUGCGCUUUAAAGAGCUCUUCGAUGUGCCGUACAUCAAGGCCCAUGUGGAUGCCGUACUGCUGGAGGAGCUGCCGGGGCGGCUGCUACUGGAGGGGGAGGAGGAGGGGCAGCUGGAGGGGGAGGCGGGGAAGAGUGGGCUCGGAGCAGGUGGCGGCCCCUGGAACCGCACGCUGGACGCGCUGCUGCUGCUAGUGCCGCCGGAGCAGCGGCAACUCCUCCCCGACCUGCUGCGGGCUCUGGACCUGCAGCUGCCCCCCCAGCAGCACUGGAUCAAUUCCCCCGUCACCAGCUGGCUAGGCUGUAGCCAGCAGCGCAUAGCAAAGCUCAGGAAGCUGCUACAGCCGUACCGCAUCAUUGCAGUACAGACGUUCCAUGGGCUGUUGUACGGCAGUCAGUGGCUGGCGGGCCCUAUGUUGAGUCCCUGCAGUGAUGCAUGCUGCGAGGAGUAUAAGCAGCAUGCACUGUCUGUGCGCAAAUCGGAACCCUUGUUCCGUUUGGCAGACCGGUUUGUACGACAACGGUUACGAUCCAAGCCGUUUCUUGCCGUACAUUUGCGGCCGUACCCUGACCCCUGCGUGCGGAUUUGGACACAAGAGGAUACACCGGACCGGACGGAGCGGCUAAGAACGUACUGCAACAACGAUUACCUGCUGCACCGGUUCGUGCCCGGCAUCCAGCACCUGAUGUCCGCCUACCAGCUGUCCACCCUGUUCGUGAUGUCGCCGCCCCUCAUCCGGCCAAUGGUGCGGGAAAAGCUACGCCAGGCGGGAAUUGAACCCGUGUUCAUGGAGCUACAGGAC